AUGACAGCCUCCAGCCGGGCUCACGAGGUCGGGGCGCUGGUUUUUGACAUCGGGUCGUUCUCCGUGCGGGCCGGCUAUGCUGGGGAAGACUGCCCAAAGGCCGACUUCCCCACCACGGUGGGCUUGCUGUCCCACGACGAGUCGGCCAUGGAGCUGGACGGCGACAAGGAGACCAAAGCCGGCAAGGCCUACUACAUAGAUACCAACUCCUUGCACGUCCCAAGGGAGAACACGGAGAUCGUCUCGCCCCUCAAGAACGGGAUGAUCGAAGACUGGGGCUGUUUCCAAGCUAUCCUGGAUCACACCUACAACAAGCACAUCAAGUCGGAGCCCAACCUGCACCCGGUGCUCAUGUCGGAGGCCCCAUGGAACACGCGCGCCAAGCGGGAGAAGCUGACGGAACUGAUGUUCGAGCAUUACAGCAUCCCGGCUUUUUUCCUCUGCAAGACGGCGGUGCUCACGGCCUUUGCCAACGGGCGCAGCACCGGCCUGGUCCUGGACAGUGGGGCCACCCACACCACAGCCAUCCCGGUCCACGACGGCUACAUCCUGCAGCAAGGGAUUGUUAAAUCGCCCCUGGCUGGCGACUUCAUCUCCAUGCAGUGCCGUGAACUUUUCCAAGAGAUGAAUAUCGAAAUUGUCCCUCCAUACAUGAUCGCAGCCAAGGAACCUGUCCGUGAAGGGGCCCCCCCAAACUGGAAGAAGAAGGAGAAAGUGCCCCAAGUCAGCAAAUCCUGGCACAGCUACAUGUGCAAUGAAGUGAUACAGGACUUCCAGGCAUCCGUCCUUCAAGUUUCUGACUCUCCGUAUGACGAGCAGGUGGCUGCGCAGAUGCCCACCGUCCACUACGAAAUGCCCAAUGGCUACAAUACGGACUACGGGGCGGAGCGCCUGAGGAUCCCGGAGGGGCUUUUUGACCCUUCCAACGUGAAGGUGAGCGGGGCAGUGGGCGUGGCCCACUGGGUGGGCGUGACUGCGGUGGUCAUGGCAGAUUGGGUAGGUGUCGGCAAGGUGGGCGUGGUCACCUCGAUGUUGCUUGUGGGGAGGGAUGCCUUUGCUCAGGACCCCCACCACCCCCACCACCGGUGACCCUCUUCUCCCCUUCCCCAACAGAGCAUGCGACUGAAGCUCAUUGCCAGCAACAGCACCAUGGAACGGAGGUUCAGUCCUUGGAUCGGGGGCUCCAUCUUGGCUUCUCUAGGGACCUUCCAGCAGAUGUGGAUCUCCAAGCAGGAGUACGAAGAGGGGGGCAAGCAGUGUGUGGAGAGGAAAUGCCCCUGA